ACAGGUUUCAGCACCAGAAAGGGAACGAAGACUGAGAAUAGCACUGGUCAGAGCACCACUGCAUCCACAGCAAGACUCCCUAAAGACAGCGCACCCUCAGCCGGCCUGCACACCGCCAUCGACAGGCACCGCGCUCCCACCAGAGAGACUGCUUGCGACUCGUACCCGGCCGCAGAGAAAAAUUCAAAGCCACCCGAUCCCGAAUCCGAAAACGUCUCCACGCUCCUAAACGAUGAUGCGGCAGACGGCCGUGCUGAACAUGCUGACCCUGGGCGUGACACUGGUGCUGCUGGGACAGAGCACCGGCGCCCAGAGGGAUCCACGCAGGAGGGCGGCCCCCACAUCCAAGGCUGCCUGCUGUGAGGACAUGCGGGCACUGAAGGUACAGCUCGCCAACGUCAGCAGCCUGCUGGAGGAACUGUGGCGGAAGCAGGAGACGGAGGCGCGUGGCCUGACCCGGCAGAUGCUGGAGCUGGAACGCCGCAGCCAGAAUCAGGAGGCUCGCGUCACCGAGGCCGAGGGCAAGUACUCAGAGAUCAACAACCGCGUGGAGAUCAUGCAGCUGCAGACAGCACAGGCCGUCACGCACACCAGUGCAGAGGCCAUCUACGACUGUGCCUCGCUGUACACCAGGAACUACAAGAUCUCGGGCCAGUACAAGCUGCCGGCUGACGAAUUCAUGGGCACACCGGAGCUGGAGGUUUACUGCGACAUGGAGACCAAUGGCGGAGGCUGGACUGUUAUCCAGAGGCGCAAGGUGGGCCUGACAUCCUUCGACCGCGACUGGAAGCAGUACAAGCGCGGCUUCGGCGCCAUCCGCGGCGACUUCUGGCUGGGCAACGACAACAUCUUCCGGCUGACCCGCCAGCCCACCGUGCUGCACAUUGAGAUGGAGGACUGGGAGGGUGAGGUCCGGUACGCUCAAUACCAGCACUUCACCCUCAGCAACGAGCUGAACAGCUACAGGCUGCACAUCGCCGGCUACAGCGGCAACGCUGGACAGGACUCUCUGCGGUACCACAACAACACCAACUUCAGUGCCAAAGACAAGGACAACGACAAGUGUGUGGACAACUGUGCCCAGCUGCGCAAAGGGGGCUACUGGUACAACUGCUGCACGGAUUCCAACCUGAACGGCGUGUACUAUCGCUACGGGGAGCACAGAACAGGCACGGAUGGCAUCACCUGGUAUGGCUGGCAUGGACCCAACUACUCACUGAAGAGGGUCGAGAUGAAGAUCAGGCCCCAGAACUUCCGGCCAUAGACUAAACCAUGAAACAUCUGUAACACGCUCUGGCAAAAUUUACAGCAAAUCUAGACAGGAAGGGAGAAAAUAAAUGAAUAAAUCACACACAACUCUUUCAGGAGGGUAGAUUUCCAUGUUUUCAUAUUUUUCUGUAAUGUGGUUUUGUAAAUUGUAGUUUAUUAUGUAUUUAUCUUUUGCAAAAACUUUGUCUUCGGCAGUCAAAUGACACGGACUGAAAACCAUGCAGAUGUGCUUCAUGUCAGCAGGCCCAGAUGUUUGUGGCCUUCGGCCGGGGGGGGAGCGGGGGAGACAUCUCACAGCAGGGCCAGAUUUACAAACGGGGCACUUCAACGCGGCAUCACUGGCAAUCCACAGUUUGAGACAACUGGCAUUAUUUAUCAAUUCCAGGCAUGAGCGCAGCCAGAUUUACAGGGCAGAGCUCAGCCAGCAAACAGCCAAUGUAAACAUCCUGACAAAUUUAGCUAGAACCAUAUCAGACAGCCAGUGAUGAUGACCAUAAGAGAAAACAGCCAGUGUGCACUGCAGUUUGGAUAUUUUUUUCCUAAAUGAAAGUGUAAUUUGUAAAAUGUGUACAGCUUUAACGUAUUAUUCUGUUUGAAUAAAAACUUUUGUAUUUUUAA